AUGGUCCGGCGCCUGACGAAGGAGGAGAAGAGCCUGGUACGGCAGAUGGGAGUUCAGCUCUCUGCGCAGCAGAAGCGGCAGACUCCAAAGGCCAGAGUGUCCGACCAGUCUGAUCAGAGCCCUGGCAGGCCGCAGAUACUUUCCUUGGAGUCAACGGCGCCGCGGGCAGCUGGAGGAGAUGGAAGCUCCGACAUGGGCGCCAUUUACGAGCCAGCCGCGCCGUCAACCCCAUGCAUCGUUGUGGCCACAACGCCGCCGCAUUCCUGUGACGCUACCCUAAUGCCUCGCUGUUUUCCACGCAAUCGAAGCGAUAGGAGGAUCUUGCGAAUCUUCCAAGCCAACGUAGGCAAGAUUCCGCCGGCACACGAUUGUGCCCUUGCGUUGGCCGACUCGGAACAAUACGACAUUAUUUUGUUGCAGGAGCCAUGGACAGGACUGAAAGAUGGCCGAUGCCUCACUAAGACGCAUCAGGCCUACGACACCUUCUCACCCGUCAACGACUGGGACGGCCGCGACACUCGCCCGAGAGUCAUGACAUACGUCCGGCGUUCCGCAGGUCUCGUCGCUGAUCAAAAGAGACCUGCGGCGACUCGUGACAUCCUUUGGCUCACCGUCAACGGCAUAACAGUCGUCAACUUCUAUCGGCAGCCGUACCACGACGGAGCCCUUGAAAUCUUGCUUCAGUGGACCGUACCGGACAAGUGUCUUGUUGCUGGUGAUUUCAAUGCCAAACAUCCCAGCUGGCAGGCCGGUCGACGAGAGGACCGCGGCGAAGAAAUAGCGUUUUGGGCAAUGGACAAUCGACUCGGCUUACUGAAUCCUGUCGAUGUCCCGACCAACGCACACGGCAAUACGGUUGAUCUCGCCUUCUGCAACAUACCUCUGGCCGACGCUGUUGUCGAGGAUCAUCUAGCAACCGGCUCCGAUCAUUUUACCCUUAGUAUCACGCUGCCAGGACAAGUUCUGGCACCCCUUCCAAUAGGAAAGAUCCAUCUCAACUCCGACGAGGAAUUGAAGCGAUUCAUUGAAUUAGUGGAGGCCGGUGCCGCCUUCAUCCCGAUCACCACGGCAUCUCCUUCCGAGCUCGACAGCUUUGCGUCGGCGCUCGUCCGUUUCAAGCUCCUCCUGCAAAUUGACGACCGAGUGUAUGAGACGCAGCUGGAAAAGGCCACCGCCUUGCGACAAGCCACUCUGGAACGGCGCACGGCGAACGACGACAUCCCAGAUCCGUGGAUCUCCGUGAACACAGAUAGGACGAUACCCUUCACCGACCGAGUCUCUCCGGAGGAGACCCGCGACGCCACGCUACGCACCGGGAAUACGUCCCCUGGUCCCGACAAUAUUACGGUGCGGAUGCUCCGCGCUGUCUGGCAUGCGAUCGGAAGUCUCGUCCACCAGCUAUAUCAAGGCUGCCUCAGGAUUGGCCACCAUCCGAAGCCCUUCCGAGAAGCAGAAGUGGUCAUGAUUGCCAAGCCGGGGCGCAGGGAUCUCUCUACACCCCGCGCUUGGCGCCCCAUCUCCUUUUCGUGGGCCUCGGUCCAUUUCGGCGUACUACACCCACAACAAGCCGGCGCGCUCCCGAAGAGAUCGGCCGUGGAUCUCGUUGCUGCCUUGAUUCAUGACAUCGAGGAGGCAUUUGCCUGCAAGCAGGUUGCAACAUUGGUGACUUUGGACAUUCAGGGCGCCUUCGACACAGUCCUCCGCAACAGAUUGAUCCUUCGCCUACGGGAGCAAGGGUGGCCACCGAACCUCGCGCGAUGGGUCGGCUCGUUUAUGCAAGACAGGUCGGCACGCAUCCGCUAUCAAGAUAUCGCAACGAAUUCAUCGCCUCUCCAGUGCGGGCUGCCACAGGGAUCGCCAGUCUCGCCGAUCCUCUUCCUACUGUAUACGGAACCAAUCUACCGCUUGGGCAGCUCAAAAGGGCGUUUCGGCUAUGCGGACGACACUGCCAUCCUUUGCGUCGGCGAUAGCCUGGAUGAGACGUCCGCCGAAGCAUCUCAUCAUGUGCGUGAGCUUGUAUCGUGGGGCGCCGCCAACGGGAUCUCCUUCGACCCUGAGAAGACAGAAGUGAUGCACUUCUCUCGAACGACGCCCAAGACGGCGCCGCCAGUGCUCCAUGGCGAAUUUGAGAAACGGCCGGGCCGGGCGAUGCGUUGGCUCGGCGUCUGGCUCGACAGCACUCUGUCUUUCAAGACUCAUGUCGAGAAAUGGACGGCCAAAGCGCAAGCAGUCGCCUUCCAUCUCAGGAGACUGACAAACACCAGGCAUGGUCCUCUACCGAGCGCUGUGCGACGAGCGGUCUGCGCUUGCGUCAUUCCAGUGCUGCUCUACGCGGCGGAGGUCUGGUAUCCUGGUUCUACGCGCCCGCGCUGGACCAAGCCGGGCAAGGAAGGACCGUCCAGGAUCGGACACCUCGUAAAGAAGAUGAGCAAGGCACUCUACACAUCUCUUCGGGCUAUCCUGCCAGUGUGGAGAACUACACCAACGAAUGUUCUGCACCGGGAGGCAGGGAUACCGCCGGUCCCUCUGCUGCUCGAGGCGCGCCGGACUGCAUUUGCUGCGCGUCUCAAAUCCCUGGACGAAGCUCAUCCGCUGCGGCGCUCCGACGAAUUGCUACCAAGCUGCCCAAGGCCUGCCUUGCUGCAGCGCGGAUUUGUCGAAGAGCAGACUGCGCCUCUGCAGAGUGCAUCGAAAAAUGAGACGGCGAAGAAAUUUCGCGAUUGGCUCCAGGCACUAUCGCCCCGAACUCUGGUCGUCUAUUCCGACGGGUCCCGUUCUACCGAAGGCCACGCCGGAUAUGGCUAUGUUGUUCAUCGGGACGGAUCCACCGUCUUGCGCGACAAGGGCCGUCUCGGGCCCGCCGAGAUUUUCGACGCUGAGGCGAAAGGUGCGUUGGAGGGGUUGAAGGCUGCGGUGAGCCUUCCAGAAACUGACCGCAUCUUUGUCUGCCUCGACAACCUUGCGACCGCAACAUGCUUACGGGGCACGCCGAGCGACUCCUCGCAAGAGGUCUUCCUUGAGUUUCAAUCUUUGGCGGGAGCAUCACUGCCAGAACCCGCUGAUAACGUCCCGACGCUAGCGCACCUGCGAAAGAUUGCCCGACAGCAGCCGGAAGAGGCUUUCAAGGCCUGGUGGGAAGCCUCUGCGCCGGAGCGAUACAGAGACCUGAGGCUUAAAGCCACAACCAGCUGCCCGUCAGAAUUGGCGCUCUCUCGGCCCCUGCUUCGUAACUGCUUGCAGCAAGAACCCACCAUGGGGAUUUUGCUGACUACCACGAAAGGUUUGGUCACGACAAUGCGCGACUGA